AGCUGAGCUGCUUGCUCAUUCUCUACAACUUCAGUCAUUGGCUGAAACAAACUCUAUGGGGAAUAUUUAUUUCUGAGCAGUGCAUCAGUCCCAAUCAUCCCUAAAAUCCUACCAGAGGUGAUUUUACUUGCUCAGUUGAUCUACAACGGUGAGAAAUUAUGGAGAUUUCAAGAUUAUCUAUAAUCAACUUUAAGGGCUAUAAUUUCUCAUCUAAUGUUGAUAUGGACCUAUUAAAAAAUGUAGAAAACUUUGAAAUUAGAGAUGAUGAUGUUUUCAUAAUCACGUAUCCCAAAUCAGGUACAAUCUGGGCUCAGCAACUACUAAGCUUGAUUUAUUUUGAGGAACAUCGUAAUGGAACAGAAAACUUGGAAACAAUAUAUAGAGUCCCUUUCUUUGAAUACUCUAAACGAGUAAUGGACAUGAGAAACAGACCAUCUCCACGCCUCUUCUGUUCCCAUAUUCCAUAUUAUUUGGCACCCAAGAAUCUGAAGAACAAAAAAGCUAAAGUUAUUUAUAUCUACAGAAAUCCUAAGGAUGUGUUGGUAUCAUAUUUUUAUUUUACAAAUUGGAUAAACAUAGAUGAACCUACAGACACCAUAGAACAUUGUAUGGAAAAGUUUCUAGAAGGAAAAGUGGUGGGAAGCCUCUGGUUUGAUCACAUCAGAGGCUGGUAUGAACACAAACAUGAUUUCAAUAUUCUGUUCAUGAUGUAUGAAGAUAUGAAGAAGGAUCUCAGAAGCUCAGUGCUUAAAAUCUGCUCAUUUCUUCAGAAAGAACUGAGUGAAGAAGAUGUGGAUGCUGUUGUGAAUCAGGCUACAUUUGAGAAGAUGAAGUCUCUUCCACAAGCAAACUAUACUAAUAUUAUGAAAAGUCGGAUUGAGAUGAGACACCAGGAUGGACAUUUCAUGCGCAAAGGCAGAAUGGACAGUGAGAGAGAGAGAGAGAGAAAGGUCUUCCUUUGCCGUUUGUUCAUGCUCCAAUGGCCGCCGCGGCUGGCGCUCUGCAGCCGGCGCACCGCGCUGAUCCAAUGGCAGGAGCCAGGUAAAAUUGGAGAUUGGAAACAUCAUUUGACUGUGGAGCAGAAUGAAAGAUUUGACAAAAUAUUCCAGACAAAGAUGAAAGAUAUUCCCUUGGAAUUUAUCUGGGAUUGAAUGAAUAGAACUGUAAUCACAUUGAAAAUUAAUCUAACUUGUCACUUUCAUUCAAUUAUUAAUUAUACCAAUGUAUUAAUAAAUAUAAUGAAUAAAAAGUUCUUAGUAGUAGUAAUUGUCAUGAGUUCCACGGGAAAAUAAUUGAAAAAAAAUUGACUCAUAUUUAAUUACUGAAACUGAGAAUUUAAACUCAGAAUAAAUCAGUCAUGAAAAUUUUCAAAAUUAAAAAAUUAAAUUGAUUUCAGAGAUAGCAUUAUUGCUCUGCAUAAUAAUGGGUAAAAUAAAAAGCAUAACAUUGUCAUUCUGCAUAAUAAUGCAGUAAGUGCAAAUCAUAAUUCAAUAAUUGUAAAUGUCUGCAGAAAGUGUUCUGUGAUGCAUAUUUUUCUUUUUUAUCUAUAUUAAAGUAAGAAUCAAUAAAACAUAAAAAUUCCUUUA